CCCGGUCAUGUCUGAUUCCCAGUCUACUCGAGAAACAAGUGCCGCUUCCCCCUCGAAACUGGAAUCGGCACCGUCAGAGAAACCCCCGCAAUCGCCUGAGGCGAAAGAGGCCCAGGAGACUCACUCGGCGGACGACUACCCUGAUGGUGGUCUACGGGCUUGGGUGACGAUCGCUGGCUCAGCAUGCGUCAUGUUCUGCACGUUCGGCAUGACUCAAGCAUUUGGCCCGUAUCAGGACUAUUAUACGCGCUUCCUAUUGAAGAACCAUACUCCAUCUGAGAUUGCAUGGAUUGGCUCUGUACAGAUAUUCUUGCUCUACUUCAUGGGCCUCUUCACGGGCGGCUGGUUUGAUGCAGGCUAUUUCCGACGCAUGCUAAUCCCGGGCGCUAUCUUAUACGUAUUCUCGUUCUUUAUGCUGUCACUAUGCAAGCCGGGCCAAUACUACCAGUUCUUAUUGUCACAAGGAUUUGGAAUGGGGCUGGGCAUGGGCCUCAUGUGCGUACCGUCGAUCUCCAUCAUCGCACAUUAUUUCCGUAAGCGGCGCGCACUUGCGUCCGGAUUGGUAUUUUCCGGGACAUCGUUGGGCGGAGUGAUUUGGCCGAUCAUGACAAACAGACUUUUGUUGGGAUCUACCGGAUUUGCUUGGGGCGUCCGUGCCUCCGCCUUCCUGUGUCUCGGAGUGCUGUCGUUUGCCGUUCUCAUGAUGCGGCCUCGCUUUACCAAGCAGGAGCACCGUGCUCGUCAGCCGUCCGGAAACUUGCGCAGGAUCUUGACAGAUGUGACCUGGGGAGUUUGUCUUCUUGGAACCUUUGUCGUACUUCUUGGCUUGUCGUUCCCUUUCGUGUAUCUACAAUUAUUUGCUGCCCUUCACGGUGUUCCGGCGCACGUCACGGACUACACGCUUGCGAUACUCUUCGCGUCCGGCACUCUCUUCGGUCGAAUGCUCCCAGGCAUUCUCGCGGACAAAUUCGGCGUGUUGAACGUCAUGUUGCCGUACACGAUAGUAGGCGGGGGGUUGAUCUUCGCCAUGUUCGGAGCAACCAACACGGCCGGACUUGUCGUAUUCGCUGUCUUGUAUGGCCCAUGCGGUGGAGCAUUCAACUCCCUAUUUGCCGCGUCGAUAGGAAGUUAUAUGUAUGAUAUUUCCGAGUUUGGGCUCCGUCUUGGUCUUUGCGGCGGUAUCUUCGGCAUAGGGUAUCUCAUUGGGUCCCCCAUCACGGGAGCCCUACUACAACCCCCGAAAUAUACAUGGAAGCCGGCCAUAAUCUUCAGCGGAGUAACCGUCUUGGCUGGAUGCGCUAUCAUCCUUGUGUCUCGUCAGAUGUUGGUACGAAGGAAAGGAUCGCAAAAAGUUUAAUAUGCUCUGCCUUCUGUGCGCGAGUAUAAAUCACAUUCAACAUAGAUAAAUAGCUAUUGCUGUUCAUCCAGCAUGGUAUGGUGCCGUUACAGGGCAUUUAGCAUACAGUAUUGGGCUUAAUAACGGUCUAUAGACCCCUAUGAUUGCAA